CUUAGGUCAGCUAGCUGCUAACAAGCAGAUGUAUUUGUGUGCCAUCAAAUCCCGCGUCUUUGCAUGGUCUGCUGCUACGCAUGUGGGCCGUUCGUUGUGCAAGAAAGAAGCAGUCUUGAUUACGGGAGCGCACAAUGGACGACGCUUCGGCCGCGCUUGGCGAGAAGGAGAGGCCUCACCCAGCUCCCCUACGUUCCACGGUUCCAGGAGCAAAAGCACCUGCCUAUGGUGGGAAUGAUGCGCUUCCUAGCUCAAUAUCAACUGCAACCAGAGCGUCCGCUAGAGCGUCGUCUUCAAGCAGCGGCACCAGCGCCUACGUCCCCAUGCAGCGUCGCCUGCUGUCCUUACACGGCACAGAUGACCGUGUCGUCCUCGACAUUGGCAGUCGCGUCACCAAGUUCGGCUUCAGCGGCGAGCCGACACCGCGUGGAAUCAUCAGUUCUAUUGUCCUACCGCCCGAAUGGAGCUCGUUCGAGAGAAAGGGUGACAAUGGCAAAGGAAAGGGCAAAGAGCGCGCUCUGGAAGAAGGCGAUCAGGACAUGUGCCUUUGGUCAUACGACCUUUCUCGAUGCGAAGGAGAGGCCGAGCGCAGAGCUGCACGGCGACUUUUGGAGGCUCAAGUCGAGGAGCUCAUCCGCAACAUUUAUGUACAGCAUCUCAGGGUUGAUACCAAACAGCGGCACGUCCUGAUCUUGGACUCUCCAUCAACUCCUCUACCACUACGAAAGGUGCUUCUUAAAGUACUCUUCUCUCAAUUCCGAGUACCCUCCGUUGCUUUUUUGUCUUCGCCUCUAAUGGCAUUAAUGGCAACAGGGCGCAUCACCGGUCUUGUUGUCGACGUCUCGGGCGGCGGUGCUCGUGCUGAGACAAGCAUCACCCCCAUAUAUUGCGGUCGGAUACUUGAAUCGGCGCGCACCGUCACGCCGACUGCGGGAAACAGCGUGCGGUGCAGACUCAAGAGGCUGCUUUUGUCCGAAGGGCGAUACUGCUACUGCACACAUGCUCGCCCAGCCAAUAGCAAUGGUCACGACGGCGCAUACAGCAAGCCGACACGGCACGUCGAGCGCAUUCCGCCAGACCUGCUCACAUCGCACGUAGUCGAAGAGCUCAUGACGCGUGUUUGCCUUGUAGCCAGAUUCGAUGCCUGCCCGAACCCUGAUGCGCCAAAGGACGACUCGGUCGAAAGUCUCAAGGCAAGGCACGCGUCCAAAGCAAGGGCCAAGACUCUUUGCGUGCCGGUUGCAUCCCUCCAAAGUGCGCAGGAAUGGAUCAAAGGAAGGGCUGAAUCACUUCUCGCGACCCAUAUGGCGAGCUUGGGGCCGAAUCGCAUCCCAUCAUCCACGGUCACUCUGACUACCUCUUUACGAGCGGACGCUAUGGUGCCAGGAACAACAUUCCCGCAGUCAGCUGUCUUGCUUGUCCCGGGAUGGGUCAGGGAAUGUGCUGCAGAGGUCAUGUUUGAAGAUGGGGAUCUUGAUGAGCCGAGCAUCUCAGAGGCAGUGCUGUCGAGCCUUUUGAAGCUACCGAUCGAUCUACGCCGGAACCUCGCAUCCCUUAUCCUCGUUACGGGAGGCAUGGCGAUGCUCCCAAGCUUGCCCCACCGGCUUGCGCAACAACUCGCUCUCAGCCUACAGACUCUCGCAUCGGAAAUUGAUUCUUCGAAGCCGCUGACACCUGCAGUGCUGCGCAAGGCCAACCGCUACGCCCCGCUACGCAACCUCGCCAGCUCGAUCGGGGUGCUGAACGACCAUGCACCCAAUUUGCCUCCAAUUCCCCCCCCUGACCUGCCACGGGAAGACAAGAGCCAAGUCAAAAAGACCCUCGUCGCGCCGCCCCCCAUGAGCGGGUCCGCACCCGUCUUUGCUGCCAACCUGUUACCGUGGAUUGGUGCCAGCAUCGUCGGUGCGUUGCAGACUACAUCGAUCUACGAGAUGAAGCGGGAAGAGUGGGAUGCAGAACAAGCAGCUCUCCAUGCGCCAUUGGGUCCAACAUUGCCUAUGCCUGUCACAUUCGGUCAAGGCUCCUUCAUGGGGGUCGUGGGCGGACUGGAAACAGGUGCUUUUGGCGGCUUGUCGGCGGUCAGUAGACACCUGAUGAGCCCGACCUCAGAGUCCACUCCGAGGUCUCCUCCGCUUGGCAGAUCGUUGACUGGAUCGCGAUGUUGAGCUCAGGGAAAAGGUGCCUUGCCUGACAUAUUGUUCCGAGGUCAAAAUCCCCACAAUGCCUAUACCACGAUGCGCGUCAAUGAUACAGAGUAGAAUAAAGAGUACGUCCUCAUUGCGGCGUGCAAUGUAUCUCGCAAGCGAUUGCUUCUUCCCACGGCAGUCCUUACUCGAUGAGUGGCGCCGUGCAUCGCUUCAAGUUCUUCUCGAGCAGGACUCCCAAAUCGCGGAGGACAAAUGCCAAAAUCACGCCGCCGAAAAAGUCGCUUACGCGCUUGAGCUUGACCUCGAUAACGGCUCGCGAUUCUGCAGAGACCAAGCCGUAGUGAUCCGGGCUGCCGCCAUUGUGCCCGGACAUGCCUAGGCCCGUCAUUUGAGCGCGGCCCAG